AUGUCACCAUCGAAUUCAAGACACGUGACACCUGCACCACCACAGAAGCAACCACAGCAACCACAGCAACCACAGCAACCACCACCACCACCACACACAAAUAUCCUCCAUCAAGCCAAACAAACGCAACAACAAGACCUAAAACAAUCAGCCACAUACAUCAAACAACUCCAUUCAAUUACAUCUCGUCUCAUAUCGUCCAACUCCAAUGCUGACCCAUUAACCACCAAGAGCAAUUUACUAGAUAAGAUCACCACGAUACAUGAAUUGAACAAAAAUAUCGACCAUCAAUUGAAUGAUGAAAUAAGUUACAAUUACUACCACAUGAUGAAGGCCAAACGGAAAGUUGAGAAAUUGAGUCAGGGAUGUGUGCAGAAACUAGAGGCAAUGAAUCAAGUUGUCCAUGUUAAUCACGAUGAUUGGGGGGUUGUAGGUGUUGAUGACAAAAAUCUAGAUGAAAAUAAUACACCUUUGCACGGUCAACUGAGUAAUGUUGCCGAACUUGCAACAAGAAAUCGCAAAUCUAGGCUACCGUCUGGUGAAAUAAAUAAGAGGAAUAACGUUGCCAAACUAAGUUUACAAAGAAGAUGCGAGUUGAUUGAUCAGGAUUUGAGAAUAUUGGAACAUACAUUGAAAUUAAUCAAUGAACGAAAUUGA